AUGGUGCUCCGUUCAGCUCCAGUGAAUGGCGCAGUUCAUAUCCCUCUCGCUGAGUUGCCGCAGAGGUUUGAUGAGAUCAGGAAGGAUCGUCCAGUGCUAGUCUACUGUGCCCAUGGCACACGAGCGAAUCACGCUGCAAGUUUCCUCAUGCAAGAGUGUGGGUUCAGAGCUGUGUUCCCUACCACUAAUAGAGACAGUGCUCAACAGAUAGUACAACAAGUGAAAGCUCAUGCUGAUCAGGAUAGGCAGCUCGUCAUGUCUCGUUUCUAUCGCACUAUACUCUAA